AUGCCUCAAUCCCGCUCCCCAAAAAAAGAAGUAAAGGAUAAGGAUGUACCGAAACCUAACUUUGCGUUAUCUGGAAAGCUUGUAGCAGAAACUAAUUCUUAUAAUGGAGUUGUAUUGAAAUAUUUUGAGCCACCAGAAGCUCGCAAACCAACAAAAAGAUGGAGGUUAUACGUAUUUAAGGGAGAUAAAGAAAUAGAUAUUCUUCACAUACAUCGACAGAGUGCAUAUUUAUUUGGCCGAGAGAGAAAAGUAGCUGAUAUCCCAAUUGAUCAUCCUAGUUGUUCCUCUCAGCAUGCUGUAUUGCAAUUUCGUCAAAUAACCACAACAGAUGAUGAAUCUGGGGAGAAGCUUUCUGAGAUCAAACCAUAUAUUAUAGAUCUUGAUUCAACAAAUAAAACUUUUGUUAAUAACAAUCCAAUUCCACCUUCAAGAUAUUAUGAGUUAAAAGCAUCUGAUACUAUAAAAUUCGGUUUCAGUUCUCGCGAUUAUGUUUUGAUUCAUGAUGAAUUAGAUGACGGAAACCCUUGA